CUUUGCUUGUUUGUCCAUGUGUAUGCAGUGUUUUGUUUACUUUAAAUUUAAAUUAAGUUAUUUGACGAUAGUAUCAAGAUGACGUUUGUCACAAUCUCAGAUACCUACGAGACAAAGAACUAUACGUCAAUGUGUAAAGGGUUUGGUGAUAUAACAUGGAAAAUAGUGACAACAUUGGCGUUCAUAAUUUCAUUAGUAGCCCUCAUACUAAGUGUUAGAACUCACGUAAACGUCAACGAUGCUGGAAUGCCGAUUUUAAUAGUGACUCCGUCUGCUAACUCUGUGAACUUGCCCAGAUCAUGUCACGAAAUAAGGAACCACGUAUCUGGUGUAUACACAAUCAAACCAAAAGGAUCAAUUUUUCCAUUUAAGACUUACUGUGAAAUGCAAGAUCAAGAGGGCGGCUGGACGCUUGUAGCCUCGAUUCACGAGAAUAACAUUCAUGGGAAAUGUUCCCCUGGGGAUAAAUGGUCAAGCGAGCAGGGAGGCAUAACUGCUUUAACCGGCUCCGGAAACUGGGCAAAUCGUAACACAUUUGGGAAUCUUGAAGCUGUGACGUCACAAGAUUAUAAAAACUCUGCAUACAUGGACGUAAACGGGUCGAACGUUAUGUUGUGGCACGUACGGAAUGGUGUGAGAUUAUCUGACUUGAGCAGAAGAGCACAUUUUAAAUAUUUAACCACCGACAACGUUUUGUUAAACAACGGAAAAUCACUUCAACGUCUUUAUAGAGAUCACGUGCCUUUAAAACUAUCAGUCGGCGGUCUUAAACCGCUGAUUCAAUCCAUCAACGCAACGUCAGUAAACACAACUAGCUUGAUUCCUGGUUGGUUCAACUACCGAUACAGUUCCAGUUCAAAUGCGAUGUCUAUACUUGAUGGUGGAAAUGAUAUGUACGAUACCGGAAACAAGGUAUCUUUUCGAGUGAACGGUGGCAAUUUUACACAAGCCUAUUACGAUAGAGACGCAUUUUUGUAUCAGUACGGCGUUGAGUUCAGCACCGCAACCAUUUAUCCAUUCCUUGCCUUGGCAUGGAUAGGUAACAAUAACGGGGCACUUCAAUCCUUUGAUAUUAAGGUUUACUCCAACUACGGAGCAGAUGGGAGCGGAAGGUUUUCCACUUACAAUACAACUACAAUUACACUUGGCGAUUUUACGAUUAAAUAUCGAGUAUUUAAUGUAUAUGCUGCACGAGAUCCUUCUGUUUGUGAGGUCUAUUUCUACAUGGGAAGCAGAAAUAAAUGGCAUUCCAAGUUUCCGAGCAUGAUGGAAAGUAUUUCCUGGGGCACCUCUACAAGUCAUGCGACUAAUAUCGUUCGCGUAUCAGGAAGCCCAGAGAAAAUCGUGUUCGGUUAUACCCUACUUUCAAAGAGAUCGGGUUUACGUGUAACUGCUGAUGAAGUGACAACCGUUUUAUCGGAAUACAUAAAAGCUGCAAACGAUUUUACAUUUAAAUUCAACAACGAGCGAUUAACUGCACAAAGUCGUAUCUUUGUUGGCUCCCGCCAACUUAUGAAUGAGACGAUUCCGGCAGCUGAAAGAAAAACGGUCCAGUUUGGAGAGAUACAGUUUCGUGCUUAUAACAGCAUAGGUUUUCCUAACGCUCUGUGUGCAGGAUUCAGUACAAUAUCUACUUUUCCUGAAAGAAUGUGUUUGGGUGGGAUUAACACAUAUAGGCGAGUCAGAAAACAGUGCGGCGAUUUCGCAGCAUGGGAAGGAAAUUUAAACCAGUAUCAAAACUCGAAUCCAGAAAUAGCAACGGAGAGUGGAAGGUCCCGCAACGAAAUAAAUUCUACUAUUUUGUUAUUCGUUAAAUAAAUGAAGUAAUUAUAGAAUGUUUGCAUAUACAUCUAUACAGUGUUAUUUAUUGCUGGUUACUUGUUAAUUUUACUCCAUGCAUAAGAGUGUAAACGGAGUCUAUAUCAUUUGUUGACUAUACUUGUAAAAAAUUAAAUGAAUGUAAUAAUCUUUAUAGUCCUAACGCUUUAACAAUAAUAAACUUUAUACAGCUGG